AUGGAGGCGGGAUCAUUAACAUCGUCAAUCGGAGCCAGCGAAUGCGACGGCAUCGAAUCUCUUCGGCAAGCACAGAACGGCGGCGGAAUCACGGAAUUUCUUCAAAACAAUGAUCGUCUGUGCUCUGCAUUGUCGUGGUCAGCGUAAGUUUUUAAUAUUCGUUGUUUUUUUUGGUUUUUAGGUAAUUUAUGUUGCUUUUGGAGAAUAAUUGGUGGUAUUCUCGAAAGAAGAAAUUUUUUGAAUGCUUUAGGGGCAUAAAUUGAUAAUUUUGUUUGCAAUUUUGAAUGGCUAGGCGUUUUUUGUUUGCAAAUAAAACGUGUUUGGCAAAAAAGUCUUAGGUAACAAAUCUUUAACACCAAAAGUUGACAAAAACUUUUGCUGGAUGCUUUUUAAAGUUUAGAAUACAAUAUUGAAUCCUUGCAAGUAAGUAGCGUUUGAGUUAGUAGUAGUUUUAUUGUGAUUUUGCUAAAAAUGAGAGUUAUUGAAGGGCAUUCCAAUUUUUUAUUGCUUUUUACGUUGAAGCUAUGUUGUUUUAGGCCUUAUCUUUGUUGAGUCCAUGUUGUUUUUUAGGUUCGGUCUCAAUUGCUGGUAUGCCCAUGGUCCGGUGGAGUUGAGACACGUUCCACGAUUGGAUAAGGACUCUGUUGCGACGAGAAUCUCAUUGGCUGAAGUGGUUCAGCGCCUUCCGCCCUCACGCGAUCGUUCAAGUGAGUUUUGUCUUUUGACUAAUGUAAUUUUAGGUAAUAAUUGGACAUAUCGGGGUAUAUUGCGUUUUUAUAGAAUAUUGAUGCGUAGAUUAACAAUCAUUAUCUUCUUUGUUGUCAUUAAAAAUUUAGUUCAAAAUUUUAUGACUUUAAUAUAAAUUGCACUUUCAAAAAUACGGUUUGUUAAAGCGGGAAGAUCCAGAAGGUGGAGGUAUCAACAAUCAUUAAUUUUUUAAAUUAAUUUUAGUCGUUUUAGUUGCUCUGGAACAGGCAGAGAACCAGCUUAUAGCUAAUAAGAAGGACGAUGCGUUAGAAGAGGUCCCAGAAUACAAGGACCAUGAAGACAUUGUUAUUUCCGAAACAACCAAGGUAAGCAACAAUUUUCAAAAAAAAAGAAUUUUUGUUUUUGAAAGAUUUUCCUAUAUCUUAUGAACUAAUAUAUGAAUAAUUCUAUUAUUUUUUGUUAUUUAUUGUUUUACUUUUAGGACAACUUCAAAGAGGUCUUGGAGAAGCACGCCAACAUUCUGGUCGAGUUCUACGUCACAUGGUGCGGUCACAGCAAAUCUCUUGCCCCAGUAUACGCCAAGGCUGCCACUCAGUUGGUCGAGGAGGGAUCUGAAGUCAAGAUCAGAAAACGAUAUGUUAAUGACGUGUCUAUUGGAAGAAACAUCUGGCUUUUAAUGGGUGUAGUCCUUCUUUUAUUUGGUACGACAGCUUCCCAUAUCUCAGGUAAAUGUUAAUUAAAAAGAUAUAUAAACGUACUUUUCACAAGUAUUAUUACAUUUUAUACAGUUUACCGAGCCAAAAGUUUUCGACAUAAUGACUAAUUAACAUCAAUUGUUUUAGAGUAAUAUUCAACAGUUUACCGAUGACAACAAAGUGCUGUUCAUUCUCUAUGUUUCGUACCUUUCCAAUGAUAGUUCUAUCAUGUUUAAAGUAUUUGGGAGUAUUGCUACUGAAUUGGCCAAAGCCGGAUCUGAAGUGAAGCUUGGCAAAGUCGACGCCACCAUCGACAACGAAUUGGCUAUUGAGCACAACGUUUUCCGCUACCCAACGUUGAAGUUGUUCCGCAACGGAAAGUCACAAGAAUACACUGGCGGACGUGACCAAGCCUCAAUCGUCAACGGGUUGAAGAAGAAGACUGGAGAACCGGCAAAGGAGCUCAAGACCGUCGAAGAACUCGACGCUUUCAAGGAAGCAAACGAUGUAUGUGCCUUGUCGCUUACUACAAGGACUCCGAUGCCGCUCAGGCGUUCUCUGAAGUUGCUGCUUCUGUUGAUGACUUACCAUUUGCUGUUACCUAUGAUGAGGAAGUUGCCAAAAACGGUUUGGGGUUGAAGAAGGAAGGAGUCGUAUUGUUCAAGAAAUUCGACGAAGGCCGAAACGUUUUUGGAGAGAAGGUUGGGGAAAGUGGAGCCAAUCUCAAGUCUUGGAUCCAAUCUAACAGACUACCAUUGGUCUCUGAGUUCAUUCAAGAAACCGCUUCAGUCAUCCUCCGAGGAGAAAUCAAGUUCCGCAACUUGUUGUUCAUUUCUAAGCAAUCCGCCGACUUCGAGAAGAUCGAGAGUGAGUUCAAGAAUGCCGCCAAGGACUACAAGGGCAAAGUUCUGUUCGUCUACGUCAACACCGACAUUGAAGGCAACGCCAGUAUCAUGGAAUACUUUGAUUUGAAACAAAAUGACCUACCUACUGUACGAAUUAUGUCAUCGAUUGGUGAUACGGCCAAACUGAAGCCGACUUUCACAAACAUCACCACGGAAAACGUCGUCGUUUUUACGAAGUUGUGUCUUGAUGAAUUUCAUCUUUAA